AUGGAAGAUACAUCUUUUACAGACAAUAAAAAUAUUUCUGAAACAAUAUUUUCAUAUAAUGAUACAUUAUUUACAGACCAAAUGACAAAAACUCAUUUACCAAGAAGUAAAAAGAAAGUUUUAAAAAAACAACUAUAUAAAGAAAGAAGAUUAGAAAAAAGAAAAAUAGAACAUCAAAAAAGAAGAGAAAAUAAAAAAAAAGUUUCUGGUGUUGAUAUCAUCAAAAACCACAAUGUUAAUAUAUGCAUAGAUUUAGAUUUUUAUUCUUUAAUGAGUGACAAGGAAAAGGGGAAAUUAUUUAGACAAUUGUGUAGAGUUUGGGGGUUAGGAAAAAAAUUUUCUGGUCUUCAGACAACCCUACUAAAUGGGACAGAGGAAUUUUAUGAGAAGGGGAAAAGUUUAGUUUCGGGAUUUGAAAAAUUUAAUUGGAAAAAAGAAUUUGGAAGUAUUGUUGAUAUUUAUAAAGAUAAACAAAAUAUUGUAUAUCUUUCUCCUGAUUCUUCAUGUCAACCGUUACUUGAAAUUGAUCCAGAAACAAUUUAUGUAAUUGGUGGUCUGGUAGAUGAAAGUGGAGUUGGUAGUAAAUCAUUAGAAAAAGCUUCUAAUUUAUCUUUAAAUUGUCGACGUCUUCCAAUAAAAGAAAUUAUGCAAAAAGCACCUAAAGGUUCUCAUAAUGAAAUGUUAUCAAUAAAUUUAGUUGUUGAAAUUUUAUAUGUUUUGCCAAAAAGGUUUGGUUUCGUAUUAUCAGAUGAUGCAUAA